AUGUACCAAGCCCAAAUCACAGGCUGGGGCUCAAACCCGACCGCCACGCUCGUCCCAGACCUCCCUACCCCAAACCCAGAAGAAAUCCGGAUUAAAGUCACAGCGGUAGGCAUCCACCGCAUCGUCCGUGCCCGAGCAGCAGGAAAACACUACUCCUCCGCACCCUUACCGCACAUUCCCGGAGUCGACGGCGUAGGGACGACAGACGACGGCAAGGAAGUAUACUUCUUCAGCUUCGAGAAGGGCGUCCUGGCGGAGUACGUGAAUCUACCAAGGAGAAAGGUGUUUCCUUUGCCUGAGGGGGCGGAUCCGGUGCAAGUUGCGGGAGGUAUGAAUGCGGCGUUGUCGAGUUGGAUGGCGUUGAAGUAUCGAACCUCAAAUCUCCCUGCCGCUUUCGCCGUCUUGAUCCUAGGGGCUACGUCUGCGAGUGGGCGGGCUGCGAUUGCCAUAGCGAGGCACUUUGGAGCGAAGACGGUCAUUGGCGUGGCGAGAGACCAGGCGGCCCUAGAUAUUCUCGGACUCGGCACGACGAUUGUGCUCUCUGAGGAGGCGGAGGAGACCGACUUCAGUGGACUGGACGAUGUGGAUCUCGUGCUCGACUACGUCUACGGCCCGGUGACUAAGCAUUUGCUUGCUUCGCUGAAAGCACCAAAACCAGUCCUAUACGUCCACAUUGGGGCGUUGUCGACGCCGGCGAUUGAUCUUCCUGGGUCGAUUCUCCGGUCGAAGGAUAUUACCAUUCGGGGAUCUGGGCUGGGUUCUUGGAGCGUAGAACAGUGUGCUGCAGAGAUGCCUGAGCUUCUGAAAGUGUUGCUUGAUAUACCACCUCUGCCGACUAGAGUUAUUGCGCUGCGCGAUAUUGAAAAGGGUUGGGAUUAUCAGGGGAAGGAGAGGUUGGUAGUUGUGCCGUAG